UCUUAACGGUAUAAUUUUUCGAUAACUCUGCGGCCACACUAUUACCGGCGCAUAUAGACAGAAGGAAAAUUUUAUUUAACAGAAUUGAGCUAUAAACAGGCUAUUACGCGGAAAGCACAUAUAAAUUCCCGAAUAAAUCCGCAUUCGAAGUCCCAUAAAUAUUGACAGUCAGUCGGAUAGGACAGUUAAUCACACCGACGACAAUGGCCAACAACAACUACGCCGGGUUUAACUACGGCGGCACCCAGUACAAUACGGGCCAGGUCUCGUACCCGGCGGUAACCAAUGCCACCUACGCGAAUGCGGCCGCCUAUCAGAAUGCCGCUGUGGCCGCCGGACAGGGUGGUUACGGCGGAGCAGCAGGAGCGGGCGCUGGCGCUCCCUCCGGCCCAGGGGCGGGGGGUUACGGUGGUUACGCCGACUACCGCAGUGCCAUGCAAUCGUACGACGCCUCCAAGACAUUCUAUCAGCAAUCGUCGGCCAGCUACAACGCCUCCGGUUCGACAGCCUCGGUCAGCAAAACGCACUACUCGGCUCCGCCAGUCAAAAAUCAGGUUAAGGGCAAGAUGGACAAGUCGAAUGGUGGUCCCAAGCCGCCUAGUUCGGCUCCUCCGGCGGGCAACAAUUACAGUGGCUAUGAUACAGCUCUCUACAAUGCGGCUAGCAUGUAUGUGGCCCAACAGCAUCAGGGCAAUCCUAACCAAAAGCCAAAUGGCGGCGCCAAUAACUGGUAUCAGCGCAAGAUGGGACCCACCAUUCCGGGAGCUCCGGCCAUAAGGGGUAUGCGUCCUAAGGCACCACCACGUCCCCAGCAGCUGCACUACUGCGAAGUGUGCAAGAUCUCGUGCGCCGGACCGCAGACCUAUCGCGAGCAUCUAGAGGGUCAGAAACACAAGAAACGCGAGGCUUCGCUCAAGAUGUCUGCUAGUGCCACCAGUACUACACAAAAUCGUGGUAACAACUACCACUGCGAGCUGUGCGAUGUGACAUGCACUGGUACGGACGCAUAUGCCGCUCAUGUGCGCGGAGCCAAGCAUCAGAAGGUUGUCAAGUUGCAUCAGAAACUGGGCAAACCCAUUCCAUCGGAAGAGCCCAAAAAGAUGGGCAAGAUCAACUUUGUGCCCGCUGCUGUUGGGGCUGGUGGAGCAGCCGGCGCUGCUGUUGUUAAGACCGAAGGCGGCGCGAACGAGAGCGACGCAGCUGGAGACCUCGAUGAUAACUUGGACGAUUCGCUGGGCGAAAACACGGACAACAUUAAGCCGGUGGGUGGCGAGUAUAUUGAGGAGGUCAAGGACGAAGAGGGCAAGAUAUUGAGCUUCAACUGCAAGCUAUGCGAUUGUAAGUUCAACGACCCGAAUGCCAAAGAGAUGCACAUGAAGGGCCGUCGCCAUCGCUUGCAGUACAAGCGAAAGGUGCAGCCAGAUCUAGUCGUCGACUUCAAGCCCACUCCUCGCCAGCGUCGCCUGGCUGAGGCCCGUGCUAACCGGGCCAUGAUGUCCUCGCAUCGCGGCGGUGAUGAUCACGACGGCGGCUACUGGGAGGAGCAGCGGAACCGACAAUACAACGAAGAGUAUGACUACAACAACUGGAUGUCACGUAGUUUCGGAGGUGCCCAGCGCUUUGGGCGUAUGGGUAAUGGACCGCCGCCGCACUUUGGCAUGAUGCCCGGCGGAAAUGUUCGUCGUCCGGAAAGCACCGAUGAUCGCCACGCCAUUGCCCGUCACGCCGAGAUUUAUCCCAAGGAGGAAGAGCUGCAAACCAUCCAGCGCAUCGUCUCGCACACCGAGAGGGCCCUCAAAUUGGUCUCCGAUGCCCUGGCCGAGCAGCCCAGCGAUGCAGGAGCGGCCAAUAAGAAGGACAAGGCUGACAAGCCGUCGGAGAAAGACGGACGCGACAAUCAGAUCUUCUCGUUCCACAAGGACGCCGACAAUGGUGGCAAUGUCGUGCGCAUCCUGAAGGGAGUGAUGCGAGUGGGCUACCUGGCCAAGGGGCUGCUGCUCCACGGCGACAACGCCGUUGAGCUAGUCGUCCUUUGCGCGGAGAAGCCGACUUCGGGUCUGUUGCAGCGUGUGGCCAAUGUGUUGCCCGACAAACUCAAGGAGGUGGCAGGCGAAAUUCAGGUCAAUUACCGUGUGGAGGUCAACGCCGAGGACGCCGCUCUAAUUGUGCUGGACGAGGCUGUCUCGGUUAAGAUUACCCUCACCUCGCCUUUGCUGCGCGAUGCGAAUCCUGGGGAAGUUUCCACCAGCGAAGAUGGUGAAGGCGAUUCCGAAUUCCUGGCUCGUGAGCCCUGUCUACGUGCUUUGGCUGACUUGCGUCACGCAAAAUGGUUCCAGGCUCGAGCGACAGGCCUUCAGUCGUGCGUCAUGGUCAUUCGCAUCCUCAGGGAUCUGUGCCAGCGCGUGGCCUCCUGGCAGGCGCUGCCUCAAUGGUCCUUGGAGCUCCUUGUAGAGAAGGUGAUCUCGUCGGCUGGCUUUCCCAUCUCACCCGGCGACUGCAUGCGCCGCAUCAUGGAGGCCUUAUCCUCGGGCUUUCUAAUAAACGGGCCGGGCCUGCUGGAUCCCUGCGAGAAGGACCCCACAGACGCUCUUCUCGACUUGACCAAACAGGAGCGCGAGGAUCUCACUGUGUCCGCACAGCUUUUCCUGCGCUACAUUGCCUUCCGCCAGAUCUACAAAGUGCUCGGCAUGGAGCCGCUGCCGGCCAUGAAGUUUCCCAUGCGUCCAUGGCGCGUCAACCGCAAGCGACGUAGGUCAUCGGGCAAGGCUGGUGGCCCCCCCGGCACGGAAACGGAGUCCAAUGACAUCGAUGAGACCGGCUCUGAUGAGAAGGUGGCCAAGAAGGAGGGUGCCGGAGGCACUCCUGCCAGUGCCUAAGCGGCGGGAAUAGGUUAUAUACACGUAGUCGGCUACUAAAAUUACAAUUUCUCUCAAGAUAAAUGCGCGUCCAAGCGCCACUUAACUAUAACCAACUCUUAUCUGUACACGAGUAUUCAAACCAAUUUGGGCACAAGGAGCUAAGCAUGUCCAACAUGUUGCCCAAUUGGCGAUUAGUGAAUCCCCAAUACACGAAAUUUAACUAACCAUAUUUAGCGGAUCAUAAAACUUGUAUUUUUCUAGCAUUAGUGCAAGACAAGGCAAUGUAUUCAGUUUGAAUGUGAACAUGUUGGCCCUCACACUCAUUUACACAAAUACAAGAACGAAGCGGAUUUUAAUAAAACGUAUUGAACAAUUAUAA